AUGGGGGCUUCGGAGUCCAAGCUUGUGUUCAAACAGGGCAUCUUCCGCCUCUCUGAGGAACAGGAGAUCCCCGCAGACGACCCCUACUGGGCAAGAUUUUGGGAGCUUCCCGAAUCAACUGAAGACGUCUUCAGCCUCUUUACACCAGCCGACAUACGGCGAACUCGCGAUCAUGCCUUGACCAACUUUGAAACGCUCUUGCUCGCCGUCACGUCGCGAUUAAACGUCUUGAGAAACCAUCCUUCGUUCCCCGACCCCGACCUUGCACCAGAACGGGAUGCCCUCAACUGCAUCCGUGUCCUCACUCGCCUCCUCCCCUAUGUUUACGAGGCUGAGCAUCUGGAAGAAUGGGAAGAUAAGUUUUUCUGGGCACGCCGAAAGCGAAUGACCCGACAAGCGCAGAUUUCUGGCGAGGUCCUCUUUGAUGACGCACAGCCUGAGGACGAACAAGAUCAGACGUCACCACGCGCCGCGGACUAUGAAGACACGAAGCCUCUCGCGGAGGAGUUGAUAGACACAUUAGUGGACUUACUCUUCUUUGCCGAUUUUACCAUUCCCCGGCUUCCGACUGCCAAGGGCAAGGUAUCAUAUUCAAUCUGGCAGAGUGGUGUGGGCUGCAACACGGCAAUGAGCUCCAACAAACAAUUGGAAAGCAACCGAUGCGAGAUCCUUCGACUCAUGCUUACACUCACUGGAAAGGCCAUGUACUUACCAUCAAGUACAUUGCCCGUGCAAGGCGUCAAGGCCAUUACCUACAUCACAACUUGCCAGGAUAAACAGGCUGUGUUGACUGUUCUUUGUUCACUUUUGAACACGGCCAUGAAAUAUAAUCCUGCAUCAUGGAGAGUCCCAUAUGAUCACGUUGUCUGGAAGGAUCCCAGGCAAAUCUUGGUGAUAUAUUGCGUGCAAUUGCUCCUUGUUCUCUUGCUCUAUCCCAUUCCUGAGGAUGGCCGUGGUGUACCCCCGAAGAACUAUUAUCGCCAUUACUUUGGUCGACUACAUAGACCUCAAGACUUCCAAUUCCUUGUGGACGGCAUGACAAGAAUCUUGAACCAACCUAUGCAAGCCACUGCCUCGUAUCUUCCUGGGAGUCAAAAGUCAGUAAAAUGGGCACCGGAAAUGUUAGUCCUUUUCUGGGAAACACUUCAGUGCAACAAGAGGUUCCGGUCUUUUAUCAUCGAUUCCAAUCGCUCUCAUGACUUCCUGGUCCUGUGCAUAUUCUAUGCAAUGGAGUAUAGAAUUGAUCCUGCCAAGCAAGGUGUCGUUCGGAUGUGCAUUUUUAUUCUUCAGACAAUGAGCGCAGAGCCAACAUUUGGCAAGAGUCUCAACAACAAGUUUGACGCACAAGAAACUCUACCACAAUCAAUUCGGUUGAUGAAAUUCUGCGGCUCAUACGCCGACUUUUUGAUCAUGUCCAUUCAUACCCUGAUAACGACGAGCAAAGGCAACCUAGAUACUGUCUACCCUGCUUUGCUGAUUAUUCUUAACAAUAUCGCUCCUUACGUUGAACACAUUUCCCCCAGUGCUUGCUCGAAGGUCAUUCAACUAUUUUCAUCUAUGUCUGCGCCAAGCUUCUUAUUAGCAAAUGAGACAAACCAUACUCUUCUUGCGUCGUUGCUCGAUUUUAUCAGCAUCAUGCUUGAGCAUAAAUUCACAGGUCCGUUUUCUCCCAUCUUUAUCCAAAGCACGGAGCCCUUGUUGACAUUUGCAGACAACCCAUACCUAGUCUACGCGAUCUUGAAGUACAGGCAACGAUUUGAAGCCGCGCGUGCUUUCACACUUGAAAGUGGCCAACAAGAAAUUGAGCGCCAGCAUGAAAGGAGGAAGGCUUCCACUUCUGAUGCACCUGUUAGCCCAACCCUUUCACAGUCGGAGGAGGAUCUUCACACUCCAUCUGGUGCCCGGUCACCCUUGACUCGGAUUCCCGAGGAGCACAGCCCCUUUUCUAUCGGUGAUGAUGACUCUGAUGAUGAGGGAGAGGAACACACUCCUUCUCAGACGCCAUCAGCUCAGACUUCGCGGAGGGCCUCGAUGGCCUCCACCAUCGACGAGACUGGAGCACAGCAAGUACGAGGCAUGUCUGAGAAAGCACGCGGAAAGAAGCCUGCUGGAAAGCCUUCCUUUUCUCGUCAAAACAGCAUGACGAGCCAGACCAGUAUUUCUGCUUUAUUCCCUGCCUCUGCCAGUGGCUUUACUCCUACUGUUCAUUGGCUCGAAUCUUGGCUGCCCGAGCUGCCUCUGCACACGGUCCUCACUAUCAUCUCCGCAAUCGCACCUCAUAUUCCUGAUUCGGCUCUUCAAAGCACAGCUAGCCCCGAGGCACGUACGCUAAUUCACAACCUCCCAUCAUUUGCCGAGGAACCCGAGGUCAAGGGCAUCAUCUCUGAACCUACCCCCGUCCGCGUACAAUCAUUUGAGUGGUCUGCCCUUUCAAUGGGCUGGUAUGAAUCACUGCUCUGGGGCUUCAUUUUCUCCAGCGAGAUGGUGGUUGGUUCUGCUGGUGGUGGAACACCAGGAAGUGUGGGUGUCUGGAACGGCACGGGAAUCAGACUUUUCCGAGUUCAAGAAGCCGCCGCCCAAGGCCCUACCUUGCUCGCACCCAAGGGGGCAGUUGAUGCGGUUGGCAGCAAUCUCGUUCAGCGCAUAGGAAAUCUGAGUCUUCGGGGUCGUAACUCCAUCUCUCAGGAGUCUGGAAGUGCCUCUUCACCGAGUGUGCGAGAGAUUUAA